CUCAUUUUCUCUGCUCUACAUAUUAUUUCGGGGUGUUAAUUCACGAGAGCGUAAAAGAUGGCGUCGUCUAGUUCCAGGAACUUUGGGGCACACAAUAAACCACCUCCCCCUCCACCGUGCCCCCCUCGUCAUGUCAUUUGGCCACGCCCCAGUAUGCUGCAGUUUGAGCCCCACGAAAAACGGAGAUUAUCCCGAUGCAGAUAUGUGGCUUUGGUUUAUCUGCUCGUCGUGGUUUUACUCCUGCUCGCCUUGGUGCAAUGGGAAAUUAUAUCCUUCCAUAAACCCCUAAGCAAAUUCUUUUUGGCCAACUGCUGGCUGAGUGUAACUUGUAUGCUAAUCUCGGUUCCGCUCCUCGCAGUUUUUUUGAUCCUUCGUGAAGUUCGAUAUAUCCCGAUUCUGGGUUGGGUUCUUCUGUGCAUUAUUAUUGAGCUAAUGGUCAUUGGCAUUGGCACUUUUGCUGCUUACUGUGAUGAAUGGCACUUUUUGAUGUAUUUUGCCAUAACUGCCAUUCUGAUGGCGACCAGUUUGCUCAUUGGUUCCUUUAUUCCCUGCGAUUUGACGGCCAAUGUGGCUGUUCUGUUUUUGGUCGGCAGUCAGAUGUUUUUGGUCAGCGUUUAUCUGCUGAUGACCUUCAUGAUGAUUGAAUCAGCCGACGGGUUUUUCUUCCCCUUUGCUGCCUUGCUUUUGGCGGUUGUUUGUAUGGUAAGGAUAUCCGCAUUUGGUGACUCCUCUAAUCCCGCCUCUAAUUCCCAGUUUGCCAUGUAUCAUGGCCAACUGAUUCGAGGCUGGCGGUAUGCGGAAUUGUACACCACCGAUGGACUUUUUGCUGUGAUCGUAAUUUUCUGCCACUUCUGCAUUAUCCUGAUGCUCUUCUGCUACUUGGACUGGUCGAAAGAUAAAAAGGAAGAGGUUUACGGAAUUAGUAAAAAUAAAGACGAAGCUCUUAAUAAGAACCUUCAAUCUGGAAAUGACAAAUUUGAAUUAAGAACACCAAACACUUACGAGGAAGUUGUUAAUGGCGUAAUAUAUCUUUGAAUGCAAAAACAAAUACCAAAAUCAAAUACCAAAAUCAAAUACCAAAACCAAAUACCAAAAGCAAAUACCAAAAGCAAAUACCAAA